AUGAAGAGGAGAAGAAAUCGCAUGCGAAAGAUCAAAGACGUUCCUAGGAAAUACGUGCAACACCUUCAUCCGUCUCUCCGCUCAAUCGUUGAACGUCCUACUCGUCGCUGGAGGGUACGACGACCUGAAUGCCUUAGGAUACGGAACCGAAUACUGUAUUACCAUCCCCAUGCACGAAUUUUCCCCUGGUUCUGCGAAACAUGCACUCUGUCGUCGCGCUUCCUGUCGGUAAUUCAGAAUCACAGCUGUCCCAACAAGAACCUUUCUAGACAUGUGCAGGACUUCACUAAUGAGCAGAGAAUUGCGCUGCUGGGCUUUCGAAGCAAAGCAAAAGAUGCACUUGCGGUUAUGGAACGUGUACCCAACCCUCAGGCUGUGGAUCUCGGCCGAGUUCGCUUUCCUACAGAAGAUGGUGACUGUUCCUACGCAUACAACAUUGUGCCGCGUUUGAGCGAACUUUGUUUAUCUGCGCUUAGCUUUCGAUCAAACGCGGUUGUUGUGUCGAAAUGCGUCCAGAAAAACUUUCGUCCUCCACUUUCUGAGCAAUCGACAUCACGAUACCGUCCGACAAUGAGAACAGGUCAACUAUGUACAGUUUGUCACAUAUUAUUCCCCACUUUUCGGGAGUACGAGGAACACCUAGAAACAGAAUCGUGCCCAAAUGAUGUAACUCCAAAUCCUGUUCCCAUUCAGAUGUGGGACUGCGGCACUAUUCCAUUGAACUAUGUAUAUCAUCCUAAGAAUGCUCAUGCUACAAGGUCUCGACUAAUGAUUUGUUCCUUAUGCCAUAACGAUCAAUUUUCUACUUCUCAGCAGUUCCAUGAACAUAUUCUUAAUUGCGCUAAUAAACUUGCAGUUCUUUAA